CAGGCGAAAGUGAGUCUAUCGGUUUCUGCAAUGAACAAAAUCAACAAAACACAAAAACAAGCAUAAAACAUAAACUAGUAUUAAUUAUCAUUUAAAUACCAAUGCAGGCUUUGCAUUAAUAACUUAAGUCAACGAACAACAAACAUUCCAAAGGAGGGGAGAUUAGAACUUAGAAGACAAAGGAACGCCCACGCACUCUGGAAAAGAUUAAUCAUGGACAUCUCAAAGGCACCUAAUCCACGAAAAUUGGAUCUUUGUCGCAAAUAUUUCUUUGCUGGUUUUGCCUUCCUGCCUUUUGUGUGGGCAAUUAACGUGUGCUGGUUUUUCCAGGAGGCCUUCUAUAAGCCUCCGUAUCCCGAACAGAAUCAGAUUAAGAGAUUUGUUAUAUUCUCUGCGGUGGGAACUUUAUUCUGGCUUAUAGUACUCACUUCCUGGAUAGUGAUAUUCCAAACAAAUCGCACAUCUUGGGGCGCCACUGCCGACUAUAUGAGCUUUAUCAUCCCGCUAGGGAGUGCAUAACGAAAAAACCUAGAAAUAACCAACUUAUGAUAUUAAAAAAAGACUUAUUUCCAAUCAUCAAACCGUUUAUUAUUAAUUCCCCACAUAUAUUCCAAUUAAACCCAUUCAAUCCAAAACAACUGCUUGAUUUAAUUACAUAUUUUUUAUUCACAUCUAAA